AUGUUCAAUUACGCCGUCGGGACACCUUGUCCAGCACCGGUCCAUGGCGGACGUGAAGUCGCGUCCCCGUUGGAAGUAAACAAAAACAAAAGCAUUUUCGACCAUGCCUUUGACCAGUUCAACGACAAUACCACCCAAAACAUUGCACACCUGGUCCAGCAGGAAUUCAAAAACGCUCCUCCUCGAAGAACUCAAAACUUGGCAAGAAAACCUAGACGUGCUCCUACCACUAUUUUCGAGGAUGCCAGCAACAGCCAGCGCGAGUCGUACCGACGCGACGAACCCGCUGGAAUGAUGAGAAGCAGCGCAAUUCAUGCCAGACCAGCUCAGAGGAUUCGCAUUCAGACUUCCAAGGAAGAGAAGCCGGCUCCUCUCCCGACAAGCAGUACCAGCGAUAUCGCAAAUUUCAAGCCCACAAUCAGCACAAACAGGCCUACGAACGAAGACAGAAGGCGAACCAUUUGGAUCCCGGAAGACACAACAUUGCUUUCAAUUCAUCCUGGAGCAUAUGACCACACCCUGCGUGAUGAGACGAUUGGCCUCCCUUCGAAAGAUUUGGAUCUCACGCCUAUGAAGAAGGACCCGCAGCCUGCUCGUUUGGGAGCCAGUGCAAUGAGACAGGCUCAGAAGAUGGCAUCUGCUUCAAGACGCGAUGCUCUUCGGCCUCUUGCUCCGUCCCAGCCCAAUAUAUCACAUAGCGUGAUGGGUACUGGUGGCGGCAAGGAGAAUAUGCUCCCAGGUGCUCUGCUUUCUCGAAAUGGCAAGGGUGAGAAAUCUCUGAUCAAACCAACGAGUAAAGCUGCACCUCUAGGAACCAGCAAGUCACAGUCAUCUUUGGGACAGGCGACGCUUGGUUCAGCUAAGACGAGCAGCGUCAAGAAGCGAUCUGCACCCGAGCUGAAGGAUGCUCCAAAGCCAAAAGUUCAGGCUAGGGCUCUUCACGAACGAUCCAAUGUCCGCAACGAAGUCAUGCCUCGAUCUGGGAAUCUGGAUCCGUUCUCCAGGGACUUCAAACACAAGCCGUUUGCACCCUCAAAACAAGUCAACAAGUCUUCAACAAUCAGACCUGUUUCGAGCACCAUCAUGUCGAAGGAUGUUGGUCCACCCUCGAGCACUGUACCAUCGCGGGAGGUCUGUCUACCAAACGUCAAGCGUUCCGUAUUUCUUGCCGCGUCACGUUAUCCUGUGUUGAGCGAUGACUUGGGUCAACCUGAACUGUACGAGGACAACUGGCUUCAGAACCAAGAGGUUGCUUUGACACAACUCGUCAAUGUGGUCUUUCAACAAGCCGAAGAAUCACCUACCGUGCAGUGUGUGGCUGCUAUACGUAGCAAGAUGCUGGAUCUGUACCAUGACGCGUCAGUAGCCACCCUACAUCAGCGUUUGAAAGCCUCUCUGUCGUGCGGUGCACUCAGCAUGCCAAAGGAAGCUCCACACUCCCCCAAACUCAGAGACGAUAUUGGCCUUCGCCGCCAAUUCUUCGACCUCUUUGGCAAUGCUUACAACCCUGCAGUUCUGCAAGCCGCUGCCGAGGUAGUAGUAGGACGCGUCAUAGCUCCUGCUGCCAAUAAUACACAGGCAAAACUCGGUGCGUCUUCCUCAACUGGUGUCAAGGAAUGGAAGCGUUUCUGUUCCACAUUUUUUGUUGAACACGAGGACUCCGCCGAGCUGUUCAACACCCACAAGUCAUCAGAAGAUUCUGCAACACAGCCUGGCACAGCUGAGUGGUUCUGGCAGCGGACUGUCCUACGUGGCCUCAUGCUUAUCCAUCUGCUUGACCAGGUAAAAACUACCGGCAGCCUACCGACAUGCUUGUUCCAAGCAUCUUCGCCUCACAAAUCAUCCAUUAGUGUGCUGCGCGAGUUUGCAAAACUCAUGGUACCCUCUGUUGGAGAUAUCUCCCGUCCUCUCGGACAUCUUGGAUACUCGGUUUGUCACUCACAAGAACCAUUGGAGGAGUACACAUACCGCAUCGAUAAUCUCGCUGUCGAUCUUCGUGAUGGCGUCCUACUCACACACUUUGUUGAACUUUUGUUGUAUCCUUCCCGAAGCCUGGAUGAUCGAUCAGACCGCACUAUUACUCUUGAACUUCCUGACGGCGCGAUACUUACUAGCUUUUUGGAUACACAUACGACAACCCGAAUCCUGAGCCAGCACCUCAAAUUCCCCUGCAUCAGCAAAGCACAAAAGAUGCACAAUGUUCAGGUUGCAUUGAGCGCAUUGGCUGGAGCUCGUGGCCUUGCCGGCACUGCUAUUGAGACGAUCAAGGCCGAGGAUGUUGUCAACGGCCACAGAGAGAAGACACUGAGCCUCCUCUGGGCAUUAGUCAGUAGAUGGGGACUCGGAUAUCUGGUCAGCUGGGAGGAGCUCAAGAAGGAGACUCUGCACUUCUCAAAAUGCUCGACUCAGCCUGUUGGAAUCAACUACGCUUUGAAUGAAGCUCAGCCAGAUGCAAAUGAGCAAGGACCUUUGCUGAAGGAGUGGGCUGCAAGUGUAUGUCAGCAACACAAGGUCAUCGUCACUAAUCUGACAACCUCGUUCGCCGACGGCCGCGCCCUAGCAGCUAUCAUCUCGACAUAUGCCGAUUAUGUACCGGCGACAAUGAAGAAAUCAUCGAGCAAAAUGUCGACUGCCGACAGACUUCGCAGCCUUGGGUGCAGUGAAGCCUUCAUUGUUCUCUUCGCCUCGCAAGCGACAACAAUCCCCAGUCGCAGCAACACGAUCGCCCUUCUCGCCUUCCUUGCCUCUCGCCUACUACCUCUGGCCCGCACACACAGAGCUGCCUGUACCAUCCAAACCGCCUACCGUCUGCGUCUUGCUCGCCGCGCCAUAUCUUUGCGUAUUCAGAAGAUGAAGGCUGCCACCGAUUGCGCAGCCGUAGCCGCAAACAAGCAAAGAGAAGUCGAAGCAGCAGUGAUUUUGCAAAGAGCUUGGAGAGCAGUCUUGGAUCGUCGUAUCGAGUGUUUGGAAAGAGAUGUUAUGGCUUUCCAGUCUUUGACCAGAGGAUGGGGUGUCAGAAGAGCUACUGCAGGUGUCUUGGGUAAUGGUUCUGGAAGAAGAAUUAUGGGUGGUUGGUGA